UACCCCAACUCGCACCCCCCAUGACUCUAUGAGGCUUGGAGCGGAGGGGUUCUUGCUUCAGUCGGGGGCGACUGCGGCGCACGAGGCCAUCCCGUCCGUGUCUUCUGCGUAGAACUUCAGAGAUAUCGGGAUCGAGAGAUCAACACAUUUUAAGAAAAUAGAGGGAUAUAUAUAGGCACAGGGAUUAUAUUAGAGGCAGACCACGCACACACGCAGAGACACUUACACACCACUCUCUCACCUAGAGGAAGCACCGCGGUGAGAGACAUUAUUGUAAAAAAAAGUGACAUUUUGCAACAACAGACAAAAAAUUCAAGGAGGUCAUCGCCAGCAACCAGACUCGUCAGCACGAUGGAGACGCUAGAGCAGAACAGCGUGCAGUACCAGUACAUCCAGCACGAGUACGGCGGCGAGCAUAGCUACAUGGGGCAGGAGGAUGACUGGGACCGUGACCUCCUCCUUGACCCCGCCUGGGAGAAGCAGCAGCGCAAGACCUUCACGGCCUGGUGCAACUCACACCUGAGGAAGGCCGGCACGGGCAUCGAGAACAUCGAGGAUGACUUUCGGAACGGCCUCAAGCUCAUGCUGCUGCUCGAGGUCAUCUCAGGCGAGCGGCUGCCCAAGCCAGACAAGGGCAAGAUGCGCUUCCACAAGAUCGCCAACGUCAACAAGGCGCUGGACUUCAUCGCCAGCAAGGGCGUCAAGCUGGUGUCCAUCGGCGCAGAGGAAAUCGUUGACGGGAACGCGAAGAUGACCCUGGGAAUGAUCUGGACCAUCAUCCUGCGCUUUGCCAUCCAGGACAUCUCCGUGGAAGAGACGUCGGCCAAGGAAGGGCUGCUGCUGUGGUGCCAGCGCAAGACGGCGCCUUACAAGAACGUCAACGUGCAGAACUUCCACAUCAGCUGGAAGGACGGCCUCGCGCUGUGCGCCCUCAUCCACCGCCACCGUCCCGACCUCAUCGAUUACGCCAAGCUGAGAAAGGAUGACCCUAUCGGAAACCUCAACACGGCCUUCGAGGUGGCCGAGAAGUACCUAGACAUCCCCAAGAUGUUGGACGCAGAAGACAUUGUGAACACUCCCAAACCCGACGAGAAGGCCAUCAUGACCUAUGUGUCGUGCUUCUACCAUGCGUUCGCUGGCGCUGAGCAGGCGGAGACCGCUGCCAAUCGGAUCUGCAAGGUGCUGGCCGUGAACCAGGAGAACGAGAAGCUGAUGGAGGAGUACGAGAAGCUCGCCAGCGAGCUGCUGGAGUGGAUCCGGCGCACCAUCCCGUGGCUGGAGAACCGCGUGCCGGAGAACACGAUGCGCGCCAUGCAGCAGAAGCUGGAGGACUUCCGUGACUACCGCCGCAUGCACAAGCCGCCCAAGGUGCAGGAGAAGUGCCAGCUGGAGAUCAACUUCAACACCCUGCAGACCAAGCUGCGGCUCAGCAACCGCCCGGCAUUCAUGCCGUCCGAGGGCAAGAUGGUGUCGGACAUUGCCAACGCGUGGAAGGGCCUGGAGCAGGUGGAGAAGGGCUACGAGGAGUGGCUCCUCACCGAGAUCCGCCGCCUCGAGCGUCUCGACCACCUCGCCGAGAAGUUCCGCCAGAAGGCGACGAUCCAUGAGACGUGGACCCACGGCAAGGAGUCGUGGCUGUCUCAGAAGGACUACGAGUCGUGCUCCCUGAUGGAGAUCAAAGCGCUGAUGAAGAAGCACGAGGCCUUCGAGAGCGACCUGGCCGCCCACCAGGACCGCGUGGAACAGAUCGCCGCCAUCGCACAGGAGCUCAACGAGCUGGACUACCACGACGCGGUGUCAGUGAAUGCGCGCUGCCAGGCGAUCUGCGACCAGUGGGACAGCCUGGGGACCCUCACACAGAAGAGGAGGGAGGCACUGGAGAGGACUGAGAAGCUGCUGGAGACGAUCGACCAGCUGUACCUGGAGUUCGCCAAGCGCGCCGCGCCCUUCAACAACUGGAUGGAAGGCGCCCAGGAGGACCUGCAGGACAUGUUCAUCGUGCACACCAUCGAGGAGAUACAGCUUCUCAUCACAGCCCACGAGCAGUUCAAGGCGACCAUCCCCGAGGCGGACAAGGAGAAGACGGCAAUCUUGGCCAUCCACUCGGAGGUGGUGAAGAUCUCGCAGACCUACAACAUCAAGCUGGUCGGCCCCAACCCCUACUCCAACCUCACUCCGCAGGACAUCGCUACCAAGUGGGACUCGGUGAGGCAGCUGGUGCCACAGAGGGACCAGUCCCUGCAGGAGGAGCUCGCGCGCCAGCAUUCUAACGAGCGCCUGCGACGCCAGUUCGCCUCGUCGGCCAACAUCAUCGGGCCCUGGAUCCAGACCAAGAUGGAGGAGAUCGGGCGCAUCUCAGUGCAGAUGCAGGGCACCCUGGAGGACCAGAUGAACCAGCUCAAGUCCUACGAGCAGAAUAUCAUCAACUACAAACCCAACAUCGACAAGCUGGAGGGUGACCACCAGCUCAUCCAGGAGGCUCUCGUCUUUGACAACAAGCACACCAACUACACCAUGGAGCACAUCCGCGUGGGCUGGGAGCAGCUGCUGACAACGAUCGCGCGGACGAUCAACGAGGUGGAGAACCAGAUCCUGACGCGUGACGCCAAGGGCAUCAGCCAGGAGCAGCUCAACGAGUUCCGCGCCUCCUUCACCCACUUCGACCGGAAGAAGAACGGGAUGAUGGAGCCAGAUGAUUUCAGGGCGUGCCUUAUCUCCAUGGGCUACGAUCUGGGCGAGGCGGAGUUUGCACGCAUCAUGACCCUGGUGGACGCCACCAACACCGGCUCAGUCACCUUCCAGUCGUUCAUCGACUUCAUGACGCGGGAGACGGCCGACACCGACACAGCUGAGCAAGUCAUCGCCUCCUUCAAGAUCCUCGCCGCAGACAAGAACUUCAUCACGGCCGAGGAGCUGCGCCGGGAGCUUCCCCCGGAGCAGGCCGAGUACUGCAUCUCGCGCAUGGCCCACUACUCGGGCUCCGAGGGCACCCCCGGCUGCCUGGACUACAUGUCCUUUUCCAUGGCCCUCUAUGGCGAGAGCGACCUGUAACUUGCGGCACCGACCCCAACGACGCACGCCCCCGAACCCCCACCCCGCGGAGUUACCCCCGUCCCAAAUACAAAUUCAGAUCCCGAAGAAAUCCUUGCCCUCCCAUUGUGGGGAAUCACCUGUGCCAAUCCCUCCUUCUGACCCUCCGUACCCAAAAAUAAUUGCCACCUCCCCGCCAAGAAACGACAAUUCCACCACCCUCUCCUACCCCCCCCCCCUAAAAAAAUAUAUUCAGCAUGGCCUACCCACAAACCCCCCCUCCCUGUCCCUAAUCCUCCCUUUUCAUGCAAUCGCGACCCCAGCUGCCCCGCACAUUCUCGCCGUACGGGAGGACACCAGCCGUGACAAUCUCCCUGAACGUCAAGGCCGGGGUUGGUGGUUCGCGGCGGGAAUGGCGGCGGUGGGCAUCCGCGGUCGGGGUGGCUAGGGUCUCGGUGGUGCCGCGGCGAAAACGAAACCGCUCACCGUGACAAUGACGGUGCCCGGUGUAGACUUCGGCAGAGCGGCGGAGUCGAGGGCUAGACAUGGCGCGGCACGGGGCUGGGAUCGGCGGUAGAGGCAAGCGGAAGGCUGGGGGGAUUGUAAAGGUCAAGAGGUCAUCGCGGAUGAUACCGCGUAUGCCACCGUAACCUCGCCAUCGCUUCCGUCACCUCUGCUAGAUUCUCCGCUGCUGCACAGUCACCCGCGCUACCUCGAAGGACUAUCUCGUCAUCAUCAUCACCACCACCACUGCCACCACCACCACCGCCGCGUGGCUUUAUGUCUUCCCUCUUGACCACCAGACUCUAGGUGCCACUUCCAUCGUCUGUGCCAUGGCGAGGUUUAAUCGUGGGGUUAGCUGGCCAACAAUUGGACGACACGUGACACUAAGCCUUGCUUAUGGACUAAACCUUGAAGAUUAGUGCAAAGGGGGUGUGAAGCGUAAGACUGUCAGCGGCUGAAUGGCCAUUCAGUAAACUCUGCAUGGGGUGCGUUAUUUCUCAUGGCACGGUUGUUUUCGCCACAGCGCCUCUUUUGUUUAUUAUUAUUAUAAACGAUGUUGUUUUAUUAAAACUUUUCUUGUUGUUUGGCCCGAAUUCUGGAAAGCCUGGAGACAUAACUCUUAGUUUACGCUUAACCUUUAGCCUUUAACGUCCCUGGUUAGAGUUUGCAGGCUUCUCUUUAGCUGAGCCGAACACUCCUCGUUGAUGUAUCAGCGGUCACCGGGGUGGACAGAGGAGUUAGCUUCCUGGUAGGACAUGUAGCGUACCCAUAUUUAACCGCAGUCGUCAAAAGGGCGCCAGCCGAAAUGUCCGUCGCUCACGCUCUGCGAACCGGAGUAGGUGAAACGGGAUGUUCUGAAGUUCGCUUGCCCUCGCCAUGCCCACGGGCCGUGUUUUUCCUGCGCUUUACCAAAUCAUCCGACGUGUCUGAUGCGCGUCAGACUUAACAUUACGAUUGGACACGAUCAAGGAGAUCGGUAGACCUGGAGGAGAGGGGCGCGGGUGAGGGCCUUGGGAAGCCAUCCCGUCUAUCAUCAUCACCAGCACCAUCGCUACAACUACCACCAUCAUCACCGGCACUGUCACCAUCACCGCCGCCAUGACUGCGCGCACCCCAGCGGGGCCACAGUGCUGUCUGCUGUGGGUUUAGUGAAUUAAACUCAAGUGCACAUCUGGCUUGGAUAAUUAAACAUGGUAAUUAGUAUUGUGUCUAAUUAUCCAAGAGAGUCCAUCUGAGCCAGGGUCCUCUUUUGGGGUUCCCUCCCAUUAUCCCUUCACUCCCUGAGCUCCCGAUCACCACCCCCGGUCCCCUUUCGAACCCCUCGUGCGGGACCUGUGGGGGGCCCCUCAGCCCUGGCUCGGCACUCCGUCUGGGACCCUGGGUUCAUAGUUGCCAACACCUGGAGAAGGCCGGGAAAACUCAGUGCUGCCCCAUGUUAAACCGAGGUCUGGGUCAGAGCAAAAGCUGCAAUUAUCAGGGGAAGUUCUAAUUAAUUAAGCAAUAAUGAACUGAAGCUACCUUAAAUUUAAGUCAGCAAAUGAGAAGCUGAACGCAAUGUUUUUUGAUGUCUUGACUUGGUCUGUUACAGAAACACGUGCCUCUAUUUUAUCUUUUAACCUUUAACCUUAUCUUCUUCUUGACGAAUGCAAUAACCCCUGCACAGCAGCAAAUGGGUGCCGAUAUAUUUUAAUAAACGGCUCAACCUACCGUGGGUGUGUCAAGGUUUAUUUUAUUGAGAGAGAGAGAGAGGUCAGGCGGUCAAAGAAAGCGAAAGAGAAUGGAUUGAGUUAUAAAAAUAAAAUGACUGGUAGAGGGGAAUGAGCUGAUGGGCGGAACGUGCAACGUGAAUUGUAUCCACGAUACUCGCAUCGGGAGCGAAGUGGUGACGCCGUUCGUGAACGUUAAGCGGAGAAGGGGGCUGGAAUGGAAGAUAGAAAUCGAAUUGUGCGCCGCACACAAAACUAAAGGCGGAGGCCUCACGAGCAAGGCGCUGGGAUUCCAAAGCCAGUUCAAGGGCACUUGGAAGAUCCCUGCAUGACCCAGUGAUAGAUACCCCCACUGGCAUAAUAGGGAGAAAAUUAAGUAAAAACUACAAUUCAUAAAUUGACAAAGCCACUGCAUGUCUUCCCAGCAAUCUCAAUAGACGUGUUAUGUUUUAACACCCUCGUCUGAGACAUGAGUCAUCGUUUUCACGAUAUUCGAUCAGCUGUUGAGAAGGAAAUAGAGGGAGAGGUGGAGGGGGGGCAUUAUAAAUGGAUCACCCUGUGUAUUUUUGUGAUCUCCCAGUGCCUUAUUAGGACCGACGAUGCCUUUAAUGCGUGCGGUGUAGAUUCCGAUUCGAAGAGAGUUGAGCGUUGGGAGUGUAUUGAGAUGAAGCGUAUUUGUGGUUAUAGCUUCAUGUUACAUUGACACACACACAGCCACACACACGUGGAUAUGUGUUUGGCUGUGCGCUGGGCUAUAGCUGAUACUCGAUGACAGCUACUUUCGGGAGUGACCCGGCGCCUUUUUAGCCGAACCGAUACUGUGGCUUUACUUUGAUAAUCGAACAUUACACGUGUGUUCAUGAUGAUAAUGGAGACACGUCUGAACACGAAUCGCACGCAGUUAUGGACUUGGACUUUCAAACUGUGUUUUUUUUGUUGCUGCAGCUCGUGACAAUAAAGACAGUCCCGUUUAAAAGUU